CGGAGAUGGGAACGGUUUAUUUUAAAAGCCGUACAGCAGUCCUUUUGUCAGCGCACAUCAUUGCGGUUUAUCUCGUGUUAAUAUGUGUACGCCUGUUUACUGAAGGAAUAUACGCUAUAAAGGAACGUCAAAUGUGAUUUGAUCGAGAGCAACGCUCCGCUGAGUAACAUACUUUUUCUUGCGGUUCCUCUUCUGUCGUAAAUAAUGAAAUACUUUGAAACUGUUUGUUGUUCCGAAAGCGCAAACAUCAUUCGAGAAAAACAGAAUCGCGACCAUCUCUUGUCGAGGCGAGCGGUCCGCCACACCUGACUGUUUUUCUGCCUCCGGUUGUGACAUGAAAACUCGGACCAGAAAGAAACGGAUGAAAGGGCGAAGAGCUGCAAAAGGCCAUGUGGAUUUGAAAGGGAACAUAUCAGAUUGAAGUGGGAGCCCGGAACAAUCCACAAGUCCGAUCGCGACUGACAAUCACAGGCAUGGGGACAUCAAAGAUCAAGAGAUGGUCGGAGGUCUUGCAACCUGUUGUUGAUCCCGAGUAGACAGAGAUUUGAUGUUGAUCAUAUCUAAAUGGCAAUGACUUGGGGGGGAAAGACGUGCUUUUGAUUGAUUGAUGUCGGUCUUGUUUCUUGAUUUGUGUUUAUUAAUUCAAAUACAUUUAUUAAUUUGAGGAGCAACUACAUUGGGCGCCUGGACUGGACAUGAGCUUAGAUUGACGCGUUUUUUAGGGAAUAUAAAAGUAUCUUUAUAUUAGGGAAAAACACCCUUCAUGGUUGGUUGGUUACCCUGAUUCUGACCCUCUCCAGCCAUGGGUUGCCUUCAGAGCGUCGCCUGCAAACCCCGAAUUAAACGCGAGAACAUCGUUGUUUACGACGUCUCUGCUACUAUUGACCACUGCCCGACAGUGAUCGAGGAGAAUUCACCCAUAGUGCUCCGCUACAAAACUCCGUACUUCAAGGCCUCCGCUCGGAUAGUAAUGCCGCCGAUCCCUCGAAACGAGGCUUGGAUGGUGGGUUGGAUUCAAGCGUGUACUCAAAUGGAAUUCUACAACACUUAUGGAGACCUCGGCAUGUCAAGCUGGGAGCUGCCAGAGUUACGAGAAGGACUGGUGAAGGCCAUCAGCGACUCAGACGGCGUGAGUUACCCGUGGUACGGAAACACGACUGAAACUGUGACCCUCUCCGGCCCCACGUCCAAACCUUCACGCUUCACUGUCAGCAUGAACGAUAACUUCUACCCCAGCGUAACAUGGGCCGUACCGGUGAGCGAGAGCAAUGUGUCUUUGCUCACGCGGAUCAAACGCGACCAGAGCUUCACCACUUGGUUGGUGGCUUUGAAUAUGGCCACACAGGAGAAGAUCCUCCUGCAGACAGUGAAGUGGAGGAUGAAAGUGGACAUUGCUGUGGACCCCUCCAAGCCUUUGGGCUCUCGAGCAAGACUCACCGGCCGGGUGCACCAGGAUCAGCCCAAGGUGCUGACCCAUAUGGAGCCGAUCCCUCCUAAUGCUUUGGGUAAACCCAAUGCUAAUGACGCACAAGUGCUAAUGUGGAGGCCCAAGCGAGGACCGCCAUUGGUGGUGAUUCCCUCUAAGUAGCAGGUUGUGGCAAAACUUGAAGGUUCUUAAUCAAAAUAGUCAAUCUGCCUUAAAUCCACACUGCUGCCUUUAAAUAGAUAAUUGGUUCUUGAACAGCCUUGGAGACACUUAAAGGGACAGUUCAUUCAAAAAAAUGAAAAUUCUAUCAUCUUUCACUCACUCUCAUGUCACUCCAAACUUGUAUGAUGUUUGUUCCUUCUGCGGAUCACACAUGACGAUAUUUUAAACAAUGUUUUUGUCCAUCCAAUGAAAAAAAAAAACCAUUAGACCCUACUGACUUUCAUUGCACUGGGGGCGAGAAACCCAUACAUUGAAACUUUUUGCAUUCCACAAAAGAAAGUCAGACAGACAGGUUUCGGAAAAAUUAUUGUUUGGGUGAACUGUCCCUUUAAUUUGAUAUUGACAUUUGCCUUAAAUCCUCAGACUCAAGUACAGGAGAAGAAACCAUACUUCUACAUGAAGGGAUACUGGACCAGAAUUUUAAUUCCUGUCAUAAUUUAUGACCUUCAUGUCGUUCCAAACCUGUAUGACUAAUAUAUAUGUAUUAGUGUUGUUUGGUUCCCAGUGUUCUUCAAAACAUUCUUAUGCAGAAGAAAGAAAUGCGGGUGGAGUAUCCCUAAAAGGCUGUUGAAAUCACAGACUAUUCAACUAUUCACAGAUUACUUGGCUCCAACAUUUUCUUUUAAAAGUUCUCUGUAAGUGUAAAAUGUCUGAGCUACACAUAAGCCAGUCUUGCUCAGGCAGAGCAGCAAGCUUUACAUCCUAAUUAUAGAUACACAAUGUUGCAAAACAAAAAAAGCAGUUGUGCAUGAAUGCAUGACUUCAGGAGGUCUACAGCUGAAUUCAGCAUUGCCUUUCAGUUCAAUCAGUUUUACUGAAAGUUAAUUUUGAAGGCAGCAGGAAGCUUUAACCAUCAGGCAUGUUUGCUAUUCAGCACUGCAUAAUUUAAGUAAGAAGAGAUGUAAGACUUCUGAAUUCCACUGAGCAUAACCUGGACUGUGAAUACCGCUGCAGUGGAAAUGAGGGAACUUUGGCUGCUUAAAUUUCCAUGCUCCAAGCUUAAGAAUGUCUGGAGCUGUCUACUAAUUCACUGUUCUGCUCACCUGGGAGCGAGGGAAUCGAGGGAGGGGAAGAAAGAGAUUUGAACAGAGCUGCAAACACCAACUCCCACCGCUACUCAUUAGAGAGGUGAAAACUAUCCGGACCUUCCUACGGAGAUAACAAACACACAUCCAGACACAAAAGCACAACAAACACUCAACCGCCUUCUUUGAAGCACCCUCCUCUUCCUCCUCUGGAGAGUCCUGCGCCUGCACAAAUUACAGUGGAGUGAUUGUUUGAUUAUCAAAAAUGGAUCCAAUCAGUUCGCUUUAAGGCAUUAAAACCACUGGAUUUGCAUAAACUGAAUUCAUGAUGCCAUAUGGGAUUGCAGACUUCAAAAAUGACCCAAUGCUGGUCUUCAGAGGUCACCGUAGAUUUUAUUGAUUCUGAGGUUCACAGUGUGUUGUGAAGGACUGGGGCAGCUAGAGUUGUCCUGACUGGAAAAUCUAUUUGCCUUUUUAAUUAAUUACCUUUUUCAAGCUGUGACUGCAUGCAUUGUUUUUACACCUUUUGAAAAAAUGCCAUGCCUUUUCUUUUCAAUUUUGUGCUGCCCUGGUGAAAAUGUGUGUAUUGUUUGAAAAAAGAAAAGCUAAUUAUGCACCUGAUUUAUUAUUACUCCUCACCAGAUACUAAUAUAGCUUCACACAGUGCAAAGUCGCUAAAAAAAAAAAAGCACUUCCUUGCAUAUAUAACGGAGUAAC